GGUUACACCCAUAGCUAUUUAAGAAUUUAAAGGGCGAAACAGGAAAUUCCUUUUCAUGUUACUGAGCACAAAAAAACGAAUGCCUAGCCUUCAGUCGGUAGUUUUCCUGCGAAUUCACCCCAUCGUAAUAACGGAUUCCUUUGCGGGAAUCGCCCGGCGUUUGUUGAUUCAACCAAAUUAAGGUAAACAGCGGUCUAUUUUGGUUUUAAAUAGAUUUUGUCAUGUACCUAGUGUUAAUUUUGUUUAUAGAUAAACUUUCUCUAGUGUAAGCUUAUCUCUGUCGAAAUCUUUCAAGACUGUUGGAAGACUUUGGGAGAGUCGCUGCCUUCACCCAAAGGCGAAAUUUGAAAUAAUCAGAAUGUUGAAAACAAAGUAAGGACGAUGAGUAAAAUAUCUCGCCAUGCAGCUCAAAUUUAUUUUCUUCUUUCACAGAAGACCAAUCAAUGCAUUUAUACGGGUUGUGUCGAAAAUCUCAUGUGCAAAACUACUUUACUUUACGUUAUAAAUGAUAAGACGCCUGCAUCAAAUUCCAUUGCGGAGGCGUCAAUUUGAACAGCGCAUCUGUUGUGUUACAGGGGCAUAAAAGUUCAGGCAGAAUCUCGCAGUUUUCGACACUCAGCACACCUCAGUCGAAGGAUGAUGGCUGCCGCAUUUUUUCUUGGUCUGAUGCUCGCUUUGUUACAAUCGAUCGUAUGUGCCUUUGUACCUCCUUCUUUUCUUCAUAACAAUGGCCAAGGUACGUUUAUCAUUUUGAUAGUGCAUUUCCGUCAAACGCAGGUUUUGAAAAAUCUCAAGUCCCUGCUAUGCGCAAAUGCUUAUUCGUGUUCGUUUGACGGUCUUUUUCCAUUCAUGUCCUCUUGCCGCUCUGAAUAACAGCUGGUAAGUAAUUAGUGUCGAUAAAGCUCAAGAACCUCUUCCAAUGUAGCAAUUUUUCCCCAUUUUGUACAGCGUUAAGUUCCACUCUCUUUUGAACAUCAUAAUUUCACUCGUCAAUCUAAUAACAACUGCGUAGGUAUGUUUUACUCUGUUGUUAAAUCCCAAAGGCUAGUACGGAUUAGUUUGAAAUCGCGAAAAAAGUUUUUCAUGUGUAUCUCCCAGCAAUAAAUUGAAUCAUUUCUUAAAUAACCUGUUAGGGAAGGAAAUUUCAGUCAAAACUACCUUAAAAGAUGAGUUAACACUCUUGUCGAAAUUGUUAUGCAGUAAACAGACAGAGAGUGAAUCAAGGAACUUUCUAAAGGCAUUCGAGAUUGAAACAGAUUUCAUGACGUAGGAGGUCGGUAAUUGACUCAGAAGUUGGCUUUCCUUCUUUAGUUGCAUACAAGUGGUUCAAUUAUUAUUAAAUGAUCUUCACUUUUGGCAAAAGACGGCUUAAAUUCACAAAAAUUACAUAUAGACACGAUCCCUCGCCAUCACGCAUAAAACUGUGAUAAUGAUAGUCUGACUUGAUGACAUAAUAGAUGACACAGCCUCUUUAAAAAAUGUACAUGAUAACAAAGGUGUGGUUGGGAAAAUAUGCCACUUGGGUGUGUUGUCAUAAUUCAAAAUCUCUGGUAAGACUUUUAUCAGUCUCGUCUUUGGUGUCGUUUAAUCCUUAAGGACCGUAUUUAUAUCCGUUUAUCCGAUUUUAAUUUCGUGUCAAAUUCCCCCGAGAAGCGUGACUCUUUUAGUGGUAAUGUCAUUCAUUGAAAUGACAAAACUGACCUCUGAUUCCCUUACCCUUCCCAUGGUUCAGCUGAGUACAAAAUUUAACACACACAAAAAAAGACUCAUUUUCUGUAAUUAAGGACAAUUUCUUUCAGCAUUCUGCACAAACGACUGAAAGUAGACGUCAACUCAUGCUUUGUCGUCUCCCGUUCUUCAUAGAGGUGAUGCUUGACCCGGACUCUAGUGUCAUGAAGCAAUUUGACAUAGGACAGUGUAGGAGUACAUCUAGUAAACUUACGAACUGAUUGACUUGUAUAAAUAUACAUAUGAAUACGCCUGCCGGAAACCGGGAAAUGUCCGAGUUUUUGUGGCAGUAGACAUUUGAAGAAUCGCUACUCAUUCUCAAUGGGAUGAUAUGGGAUUAUUCGAUAGCAGUCCAGCACAGGUUAUUCAUCAGAAUUUAGUCAAGUCUUCCUGUAAGUUUGCUGGAGUAAAUUUACUUUAUACUCCCGCAUGCAGAGAAGCAGUGUUCUUUGCCUGAGAACACAAAAUCGCACCGCCUUAAAACCUCCAACCCAACCUUUCAUUCGGCGUGCCGCCUGGUAAUUAAGAAAACCACCUUGCCUUCCAAUCAAAACAGUUAACUGAUUUCUAGGACAGCUUUUUGAGAAUCAAAAUUUAUACUUUGUGUAACGUUCAUGACAUCUCUCUUGAUAGAAAAGCCGUGCUUCCACGGAGACUCCAUAUACGACCCGUGGGAACGCUUUGCUGAUGAAUCCUGUACUGGAUGGUGCCGCUGUAACGGCCGAACUGGAAAUGUGGGAUGUGUUUCCUUGUGUCCCCCCCGUGGCCCUCCCACGUGUUCUUUAGGGGAACUCCCUGAAGAGACAGAGGAGCCAUCUGUGGAUCCAACGGGAAGGUGCAAGUGCAAACGGAAGUCUUGCUCUCCGAGACUUAACCUCCCUCCUCCCCCGCCUCCAGUAAAAAUACCUGAAGAACAUGGUGAGCUCCUUGGUACCGCGGAACAAUAAUAUUGACCUUGAUGUUCUUCGUUUUCUUCUUUCGUUCCCCUCUAGGCAAUGACCCAUAGAGGAGUCUGCAAGAAAAUAAUAGCGUUUCAUCUUCAUUUCCAUUUAAAAUCCUGAAGAGGAAAGUGAUAAAACUAAUUUGAGAAGAAGCUAGAACAUUAAUUGAAAUUCGCGUGAAUUUGUCCAAAAAUUGACAAAAAGGGUCAGACAGAGAAACAUCACUUUUAUUACCCAACUUCACUGAGAAGAGAACAAAUAUCGCGUGAAAAGAAUAUAAAUAUCGUACGAUUUUGUACAGUUGGUUAUUUUGUACAGUUGGUUAUUUUGUACAGUUGGUUAUUUUGUACAGUUGGUUAUUUUGUACAGUUGGUUAUUUUGUACAGUUGGUUAUUUUGUACAGUUGGUUAUUUUGUACAGUUGGUUAUUUUGUACAGUUGGUUAUUUUGUACUGUAAAAAAAACAUCUUUGAGCAGUCGGUUGCAUGUGUUACGCUUCUCUUUUCACUUCACUUUUUCCGCCUUAUAAGAAUUACAUAUAAAAUAAAGCAGUUUGAUGAUAGAUAGGUUAUUAGGUUUAUGGUGUGUAGUAUUUCCACGUAUAUUUACUCGUUGUUUGUACAACUCAGAAAUACUCAGCGAUACUACACACCAAAAUGUCUAAUAAGUUAUGUGUAUUGCAUAUUAUGAUGGUUGAGCGGGUGAGCCAAAGAUACAAAAACCCAAAGAGGCGAAGAUAAUCAAACAGGGAGCAGGGAUGGCUGAAGACGGAAAGUUUUAGCAAAUUGACAAAAGUAGCAAAAUAACAAAAGUAGGCGCGUUUUUUUACAUAUAGUGACGCGUCUAACUUGAAGCUAAUGAAUGAUGUGUCUCUUCAGUUCUUCCAGAGUGUAAAAACCGUACCCCAAGAGAAUGGUUCAUCAACGAUUCUUGUACAGGAAGAUGUAAGUGCCAAUAUGGCGGCAUUACUUGUGUUUCACUUUGCUCGCCAAUGGUAGUUAAAUGCCCGUCGGAUAUGGAGGAGGAGUCUUACGAUUAUCCAAUGGAUGACAGAGGAAAAUGCAGCUGUAAGCGCAAGAGAUGCGUGCCAAAAGUUGGAGCAUGGUAAGGGGCAUAAAAAGACGGUCUCGAUAAGGUGGUGACUUUAACGGCUAACGGUUAAAAUGUUGGACAUUUACGGCUGACUGUUAGUUUCUUUCUGUUAUGGUAAAAGAGAAAUUUUUUUCGAUUAACUUUCUUUACGACUAAUGGUGAACAUUUAUCGCUGGCCUCUCAGAAUCCUUACUUCAUUAUAGCCUACCCACUGGCCAGUUAAAGACUCAAUCUUAGUCACUUUUGGGCGGAUGUUUCGGCAGGACCCGGGUGUUCUGAAUUAUUGCGCAACUGGUUAAUAUUGAAGUGGUGAUUGCUAGAAUAGAAUUUAAUGCAAGCCGAUUGAUAUGUAUAUUAAAACAACAGAACAAAGUACAGCUACAACUGCGAAUCUUUCAAUUUUUAAAUCACUUCUUAAUUACCAGAAUUUUCCUAAACCCCAAAUCCUGAAAAUGUGCCAUCCCAUUCUUAUAAUUCUGUUGAAAAUGCGAACGAUAAUUAAUCCAGUCGCAAAAAUGUGACACCAGGCCCCAUCUAAUAACACAUCCCCAUCCCCCUCCCCUCCCCCCCCUCAGGAUUUUAGCUGGACAGUUUUUCGAGAAGCUAAUCUGGCCAUUUUUCGAUUACACAGUUUUGGCAUCAUUGGGCUAGAAAUGGCGACUUAUAAGCUAUUAAAAGUUAAGUUAAUUUUUUUUCUGUGGUUUCUUACAGAUUUCAUGCUGACAGCCUGACUGGACCCAUCAGAUCUUUUGAUUACGAUUAAUAUCAUAAUUAGUUUUUAUGACCCUUAUCAGACAUGGCAAUUGUCGUUGAGUUUCUUUUGGGAUUAUGUGAACCUGGCCUCAGGUCAAAGGUGUUAUUUACUAUUAUUAAACAUCAGACGAGAGCAUUCAGUCAAUUGUAACAGCGUAUGAAGUUGACAAGAAAACCCGGGCAAUAUCAGCAGCAGAUAUUGGGUUAUCGUCUUGAGUUCAAAGUCUACCUAGUUAGCAACCCCCCUUCAUCAGUUUAGUGUUCUCAAACUUUUGCAAACUCAGAGAGAAUUAGUAAGUUUGUUUCUUUACCGAUUGUUUAAAAUAUGUAUUAUAAAACAAUUAUUGAAUUCGGUUUUCACUGAGCAAUUAUUAGAUGAGGUUGAACAUUAUAUCAUGAAUUAUCAAACCUCGUAUCUGUGUUAUAUGUCUCAGCCUUCGGCUUCGACAGCUUAGACAUCGGCAUCGAUAUUUCAUGAUGUAAUGUUCAACCUAAUCCUUAGAGUCAUCCGUCUUUAAGGUUGCAAGAGGCUAAUAAGUUUGCCAGAAACCAGAUUCCAACGCACGGGAAACAAAAAUUUAUAGUCCCGAGUUCAGUAGGGUGCCAGGAACAAGGUACACUUGAAAACAGAAGCAUCCUUCAUGCAUGAAGUCUCCUUUCUAGCUGGCAGAGCAAGCGUCAGUUUUGGCGGACGAGUGCUCAGUUAUCUUAGUGAAAAUUAAAACUGCCAUCUUCGAUUUUUACAACAGCGGAAGGCUGGGGAGAGAAAAAAAUUGUACCAAGGGGGUGAGCGAUGGUCAAAAAGAGGGAGACCAUCUCGACCUCAGAAUCUCAACUUUCUAUGCCUCUAUGUUUAAUUCUCCAUACUAAAUUCUUCAUACUCCUCUCAAUGCAAUUCCUACAAUACUGGCAAGGAGAAUUUGUUUAACAGUCAACUACUUAUUUACUAGAUUAUAAGAUACUAUAAUCUCAUGGCCUUACUGUGGUAUUUAAGGUUUCUGGAGGUGGUUUUAGGUGGUUUUAGGUAGUUUUUGGUGGUUUUAGGUGAUUGCAGGUGGUUGUAGAUGGUUUUUGGUGGUUGUAGGUCAUUCCAUGUCUAAGUGUUUCAGAAGGAGAAAUUAGAUGUCAGCCAAUUUCAGGGCCCUCACAACUGCUAGAGGAUAAAGAUCGUUUAGCUUUGGCAUCAUUUGAGCUGUGAUAUCUAUAAAUUUCUGGUUGAACAUAGUCUUGUUUUAAUUAAUACCUAAACUAGGUAUAGUACAAGGUCGGUACUCAUUCGAUGUGCUCCUUAUUCUAAUUUUCUCUCAAGUCUGAGAGCAAUACGAACGUAA